UCACGGAUGGCUUUGCUAAAAAGAAUGGCUGCAAGCCAGCCAUGACUGUUGUCACUGAAUUUUAUUUCGUGGUACGCAACUGAAUUUGAUUUCUUGGAAAAGUAAACCAUACUUCGAUUACGAGUUUGCACGCUUUGGAAGGCGAUUGCACGAAAUAUGUCGUACUUUCUUUCAAGAUGCUUAAGUUUGUUAACAGUAACCUUUAUAUUUAGAGGACCGCUGCUUACAUCAGCCGUUAAAGACUGUCCUUUUGAAUGGAGAGCUUUUGACAGCUCAUGCUACAAGAUCAUGACCAACUUUCUUUUCUCAACGAAACUUAGCUGGGGCAAUGCUCGUUCAGUGUGUUUAGGAUUUGGCGGAGACCUUGUUAGUAUAACAAACAAAAAAGAGAUGGAUUUUGUUGACGAGAUAUCGUCAGGUAUCGGAAGUGAACUAAUUUGGAUUGGUUUGAUUGACUGGCUCCAUGAUGGUGAAUUUGCCUGGAGUGAUGGUACUCUUUUCAAUGGGUCAGUUUACAAUAACUGGGCAGGGAGACAACCAAGUGGAGGAGAAUACUGUGUUGCCCACAGCAUAAGCGAAAGACGAUGGCAUGACUAUCCUUGUUCUCAUACUUUUGAUUACAUCUGUGAGAAGCCGAGAGGCAAACUUCCGUGUCCUUUCACUUGGUAUUUUUAUGGCUCGUCAUGUUACAAAGGAAGUAAAUCUGUUUCGUCUUGGAAAGCUGCAAAAGAGGACUGUCAUGUAUCUGAUGGGUAUUUGAUAAAAAUAGACGAUGCACCCGAGAACAAUUUUACGAAAGUCUUCCUCCAGAUCACAGGACUUACAACGACAAACGAGUACGUGUGGAUUGGCCUCAGUGACAUCCAUCACGAAGGAAGAUUUGUGUGGGAAGUGGAUAACAGUACCGUCAACUUCACUAAUUGGGCAAAGAGACAGCCUGACAACUGGAACGAUAGCGAAGAUUGCGUGGUCGUGGGUGCUGAAAAAUACUUCGGUUUGUGGAAAGAUCAGAAGUGCGAUCGUUGGUUUCUGUAUAUCUGUGAACGGCCGGCCAGUGGUAUUGCAUGUUUUCAGUGCUCAAGUAACUCGUCUUUCACCGACUGCGAAGCCCAACAGGUUGUAGUCAACUGUUCAUUUCCACAACAGUAUUGCUUUAAGGAGAGAAAUUCGACACAAGACGACAAUGAACAAGCCGCCGUCUUCUACAAAGGAUGUACCUCAGCAGAUCGGUGUACAAAAGAAAAGAAGGACUCUGUAGAAUGCUGUGAAAACAACCUCUGCAAUAAAGUUAUCAUCUGUCACCAUUGCACAAGCAACGUAUCAUUUGCUGACUGUGCCAGGAAGCAAACAGAAGUGUCCUGUACGUUGCCAAGGAACCGCUGUGUCAAACUCAAAUAUUCCAACAGAGGCAACUACCAAAAAUUUUACAAAGGGUGCGCCGCAACUGAAGAGUGCAAAGUCACGUCUGAUAAAUCAUUUGUGGAAUGCUGUGACGACAACUUGUGUAACAAAGGUUCUUGUUCAUGA